GAAAAUGGGUCGCAGUGUCGCGCUUAUAGCUGUAGUUCCCUUUCCUGCCCCCCAUUUCAUUCUGUGUUACUUCCAAGGAUUCCGGUCCCAACAAAGACUUGCGAGUUCCAAUGACGUCUUCCCAUUAGUUUCAUGGAAAUGAAAACGCCCACGUAAGCUUAAUUUUUGAUUCAACCAUCAAAUUUAUGUCGGGCAAAGGCAAUUGAAGACAGACGUAGAUGAUUCUGUGCCUAAGGCAAAAUACACCUAUUAACAUUAGAACUCCCCGGAGAAAUACAGAAUAGAAGAAUGAGUCUGUGGAAGGACCUGGGCAGGGUCUUCAACGGCCUCUCUUUGAUAGCCAAGGAAUUCGUUAAACGCUCCCCCCCUUUCGAGUCUGCCAGAACCGGAGAUUUUGAAACCCUAGUCAAGAAAGCUCUGGUUUCAGCCACCGACCUUUCCGGCCUCACCAAGGGAAAGGUUCGCCAACUCUCAAACCCUGGCUCCUCUAACUCCGAACACGCUAGUGAUUCCGUUGUUUAUUUCACAGACCUUUCUGAUGCGUCGACCGCAAACAGUGAUAGUGCUGGCAAUUUCCGUGCCCAAGAUGAAGUGGUUGCUGCUGACAAUGGAACUAGCUCCCAAGUGAAGAGUUCUCGGGAAGCUUCUGAUGCCUCCGUCGAUGGAGAUGUUUGUUUGACAUCUAAAAUCUUUGAUGAGGGUAGACAUUGUUCGCCGGGGAAGGAAAGUGAGGUCCAAAGCUUGGGUGAAACAGCCAAUGCCGAUGAAGUUGCAAGAGGGGAAGUGGUAAUUGCGCCGCCUCUGAGAAGACGGACGCCGAGGGAGAGAAAAGUUCCUUCAACUUCAUUUUCCAGGGCGCUUGGGUUUGCUGGACUUGGAGCUGGUCUCGCAUGGGGAACACUUCAGGAAUCUGCCAAGAGGCUGGUCUUUGGUAAACCUAGUUCACAGGACAAUCAAUCUGUACUGUCCCCAUUUUUGUCUGAAAAGAAUGCAGAGAGAUUGGCUCUGGCAUUGUGCAGAAUGCGUGGAGCAGCACUCAAAAUUGGACAGAUGUUGAGCAUACAGGAUGAAUCUCUUGUUCCUGCUCCGAUCCUGACUGCAUUAGAAAUUGUCCGUCAAGGUGCUGAUGUUAUGCCAAAGAGCCAGCUCAAUCAAGUUUUAAAUGCUGAGUUAGGUCCAGACUGGACCUCAAAAUUGAUUAGUUUUGAUUAUGAACCAAUGGCUGCUGCAAGUAUUGGCCAGGUGCAUCGGGCUGUCACAAAGGAUGGCAUGCAUGUUGCAAUGAAAAUUCAGUACCCUGGUGUUGCAGAUAGCAUUGAGAGUGACAUUGAGAAUGUGAAACUUCUUUUAGAUUAUACAAAUCUAAUUCCUGAAGGACUUUAUCUUGACAGAGCUAUAAAGGUGGCUAAAGAAGAAUUGUCUCGUGAAUGUGAUUAUGAGUUGGAGGCAGCAAAUCAGAGGCGAUUCCGAGAUAUGCUUGCGGGCAGAGAAGGAUUUUAUGUUCCAUUGGUUGUAGAUGAUAUUUCAAGGAAAAGAGUUUUAACUACAGAACUUGUUUCUGGAAUUACCAUUGACAAAGUGGCAUCACUGGAUCAGGAAACUCGUAAUUAUAUUGGAAAAAAGUUGCUGGAACUCACUUUGUUGGAGUUAUUUGUUUUUCAAUUUAUGCAGACUGAUCCUAAUUGGGGUAAUUUCUUGUAUGAUGAAGCUGCCAAGUGGAUCAAUCUCAUUGAUUUUGGAGCAUCACGGGAAUACCCUAAAAGAUUUGUAGACAAUUAUUUAAAAAUGGUUCUAGCAUGUGCUAAUCGUGACAGUGAUGGAGUCAUUGAGAUGUCAAAGAGACUUGGGUUCCUCACUGGAAUGGAAUCAGAGGUGAUGCUGGAUGCCCACGUUCAAGCUGGGUUUGUGGUUGGAACGCCAUUUGCUGAACUUGGUGGGUACGACUUCCGCACAAACAAUAUCACCUACAGCCUUUCACACCUUGGGGGGACAAUGCUGAAGCACAGGCUCACGCCACCUCCUGAUGAAGCCUAUAGUCUGCACAGAAAGCUUUCGGGUGCGUUUUUAGCUUGCAUUAAGAUUGGAGCUGUUGUCCCUUGUCGGGAACUAUUAUUGGAAAUGUACGAGCAUCAUCAAUUCGGUGAUGAAGACAGUGGAAUAUCUUCAGGUGUCUCGAUGUUUUCGUAGUCAUUAUUCUUUCUCCAUUUGAUUUUUCUGAUCGGUAAUAAUGGGGAUGUUAAUUUGCAUCCAGGCUCCUCUUGAGAAUGUCAUUUUUUAUAUUAGUGUGAAAAAAAAAAGGUCCCCCUUGUGGCAUAGCCAAUGCUGGUGGUUUUUCCCUGGUGUAUUAUAGAUCUUUGCAAUGAAAUGCUCGUUCGCGUA